AGUAUGUGGGGCUGUUCUUUUCUGUUUCGGAAAGGAGAUGUUGAAUCCCUGUCGAGGUCGUGGCAGGCAGAGAUCUUUCGCUAGAAGAGAGGAGAUGGCUCCCGGCUCCCUUUGACCUUCUUGCAGAGCAGGCCUUCCAGUUCUCUUCCAGGUGGGGCGUCUGACUCCCCUUGACAGAGGAGCAGAGACCACUGGUGAUGGAAGACCCGACUUGGGUUGGAUUUUCUUGGCCAAGCUCUUCUGCUGCACCGGGCACGCUGUGUUGGUGAUCUCAGGAAGUUCUGGGAAGAAGCGUUUUUGCAGAGGCGCCCCACGGCCUGUUGGAUGGGAAGAUGCCAGACGGGAACAAACCAGCCGGCAACCAAGCACAGAGCGCCGAGCCGGCUGCUGGGUUGCCUCUAGACCCGCUAAGACGCUUUGUGGUGUUCUUGGAAAGUUUUACACCCCUUGUGAAUUCUCUGAAUCUUGGCAUUGCCAGCCCACUUCUGUUGGGCCCUUUACAGCUUGCUCAGAUUAAGACACAGUUGGCUCUUCACCAGUUGAACUCUGUUGCCUCACAUAAUUCUGUAGUGACUUAUGCCUUGUUAAACGAGGCAUUCCUGAAGACCGCCAUGUUUAAUCCUAGAGGAAACAUGCAUCAGCGACCAAGGGGACCUAAUGCAUCUGACACAGCCCCACAUGAGCCUUUUCGGGGGCCAAGACAAACUAGUAUUCUAGGACAGCCCCCACCUGGCCCACGUCUUGGAGGGCCCCAGCAAUUCAUGGGAAGAGAAGCAGGGGCAGGAUUUCCGAGGCCAGAUGUCCAGGUCACUCAACAUAGAACGGAUCCAAGACAAGCAAGGGAGCGGAGAAACCAGCAGAAGGAAGAUGGCCGCAACACACGCUGGGAUAAUAACCCAUUUGCCCAUGGGAAUAGUAGCCAGGGCCAGCCUGCUCCACAACACAACACAAAUGUCCCAGGCCGUUACACAAACGAGAGUGCCUCGAGCAUCUUGGCAAGCUUUGGCUUAUCUAAUGAAGACUUGGAGGAACUUAGUCGCUAUCCAGAUGAUCAACUCACACCUGAAAACAUGCCUUUAAUCUUGCGGGAUAUCCGAAUGCGCAAGAUGGCUCGCCAGUUUCCUAGUUUACCCUCCCAGAGCAGGGAAAAGGAAACCUUUCGCAGUGACGAAGGCUGUGGUUCCAUGGUAAAGAGCAAAGUGAUUGAUUAUGGGCACGAAAGCAAGUAUGGAUAUUCUGAUGGCCCCCUUGACGUCAAAGUGUACGAUGCUGGUGUGGCAACUGCAGAGACCAUGAAAGGGUUUCAGGCUCAGCAGACCGUUCCUGUGCCUACUGCACCAUCUGCUGUAGCCAGUAAUCCAAUCAACAUUGUUGAAGAACUAAUUCAGAGAAUGGGGUUUCAGAAAAGUACGCCGCCUCCCCAGAACUUUUUUGUCAUGGAUGCUGCCAACAAAAUGCCUGGAUUAUGUCUGCCUCCAGCAGGACCUGUGGCACCUGUGACAGCCCCACCAGCCCCACCCAUGAUGCCGCCUAUGAUGCCUCCGCCCAUGAUGCCUCCUGUCCCGCAGCACUUGCCUCCACCCCCCAUGAUGCCUCCUAUGAACCAGCCGCCGCCCCAUUUUGUUCCUGAAAUGCUUGGGACCGUCAACAGGCAUGACAGGAUUCAGCAUGAACCUAGGGCUAAGCCUCCUAAUGCCCCCGCUCGACCGACAGGUGGCCAGAAGAAUUUCCAGAAAACGCCUGAAGGUCCUAUAGAGUCCCCUUUUGGCGUGGUGAAAGCCACGUGGCUUCCAGCUUUUUCACAGGCCGACGCACAGAAGUUGAAGAGACUACCUACUCCCUCCAUGAUGAACGAUUACUACGCUGCAUCUCCAAGAAUAUUUCCACAUAUGUGUUCUCUGUGUAAUGUAGAAUGUAGACACUUGAAGGACUGGAUUGAGCAUCAGAAUGUUGCUACCCAUAUUGAAAGCUGUCGUCAGCUCCGCCAGCAGUACCCAGACUGGAAUCCUGAGUCUCACUCUUCAUCAAAAAGGCGUGGACGUGACAGACAGGAUACUCAUGCACCAAGGAGACAUUCUGCCAGUCCUAGCCCGAAACGGUCGAGAUUCUCAAGCUCUGGCCAUGCCAGGCAUCGAUCACGAUCCAGAAGCCCUGGAUAUCGUGGUCGGCCAAGAAGUCGAAGUCCAAGGCGCCUUCCUAGUCCCAGACACAGGUCAAGGUCUCCAUGGAGACCUCAGAAUUUUGGUGCGCAGCAUACAAGAUCCUCCAGCAAGGAAAGAGAAUCAGGAAGAUCUAGAUCUGCAGACAAGGCUUUGGAAGCUGUAGUGAAAUGUUUGGGGCCCCGGUUUGUCGAACAGUUCAAUAAACAGAAGUCACAACAGGAAGCAGGCCGAGGGGCCUUGGGACCAAGGAGAACACCACCUGAGCCGGGGAAGACAGUUGGAAAUGUGAAGAAGAAAACGAGCAGUCCUCCUGCUCCUCAGGAGACUUCCAAGAGGGAUUCAGUUUCUCAUGGCCCAUCGGAUGCUAAGGCAAAGCCGCCUGAGGCUGGUGGUGCGCCAAACAAAGGAGGACUGGCUGCGGAAGGCAAAAACAAGACAUUGCCUGUGGGUGCACCAAUAAAGGAUACAAGCGUGGCCCCCCCUCCUCCUUACCACAGGCUUUUGUCAGACAAAGUCUUGAGUUGUGGUACAGUUCUUCAUAUAUCUGAUCUACCAAAUGAUGGCUAUACAGAUCAAGAGAUUGAGAAAAUUGUUCUUCCCUUUGGAAAAGUUAGUGACUUUGUAGUGAUUCGUUCUAAAAAUGAGGCCUUCCUAGAAAUGAAUUAUAAAGAAGCGGUAAUAGCAGCUGUCAAAUACGGUGAAACAGUUCCAGUUUUGGUUAAUGGAAGGCGCGUGAAAAUCAGCAUUGCAGAAAAGCCCAAACCACCACCCAGCCAGCCACAGAACAAAGAAAAUGAGAAGAAAGCUGUGCAGAAUGUCAAGAAGCCGCCCCCUCUGAACACAAAGAAAGAGAAGACCAACUCUGCUGCUAAAACACCCCAAACGGCUUCACCUGCGACCCCCACUGCAAAACCUGAUGAGAAGAAGCCUGGAGAACCCCGAAAGGUUGGGGAGACUAAGGCAGGCGUAGAACAGAAGAAGGCAGAAGAUCCAGUGAAAUCUAGGGGUACAAAGGCACCUGUGGAACAAAAGAAACCUGCAGAUCCUAAGAAGACUGAGGAGGCCAAAAAGCCAGUAGCUACCAAUAAGAGCACGGACACCAAGAAAACUGCUGACUCCAAGGCAAAAGAAGCCAACAAGGCAAAAGAAGCCGGCAAGGCAAAAGAAGCCAACAAGGCAAAAGAAGCCAGCAAGGCAAAAGAAGCCAGCAAGGCAAAAGAAGCCAGCAAGGCAAAAGAAGCCGGCAAGGCAAAAGAAACCAGCAAGGCAAAAGAAACCAGCAAGGCAAAAGAAGCCAGCAAGGCAAAAGAAGCCAACAAGGCAAAAGAAGCCAAUAUGGCAAAAGAAGCGAACAACCCUACAGAUGCAACAGGUACUGCAGAGGCUUUACAGAGUACAGAAGCAGGUGACUCAGCCAUUAAGGAAGUAGAAGAGACAUGUGUGGUGGUGAUUUCUAAUCUACCGGAGGCAGGGUUAUCUCUGGAUGAAAUUUCCAACUUAGCCAAGCCCUUUGGAGGACUGAAAGAUGUUUUAGUACUGUCUUCACAUAAAAAGGCAUACCUAGAAAUAAGUCAGAAAUCUGCCGACUCCUUAGUGAAGUUUUACAGCUGCUUUCCAAUGUUUGUGGAAACAACCAAGCUGUGCAUUAGUAUGGCAUCCGAAUUCAAGGAUAUAAAAAAUGAGGAAGCUAUAUUUAUUGCUAUGAUUAAAGACGCCAAUCCAAAGGUGAACGUGGAAUCUCUACACUCACAGUUUGUGCAUCUUGGCAACUUGCCCGACAGAGGGUACUCUGAACUCGAAAUACUGUGUGUCGGGCUUCGAUUUGGACGAGUGGAUCACUACAUGGUGAUAAGCAAUAAGAGAAAGGCAAUUCUUCAGUUGGAUAGUGCAGAGUCAGCUGCAUCCAUGUGUCGCUUUUUGAAAAGAUACCCUUACAGACUGGGGGAGUCACAGCUGACGUUCUCACGAUCACCAAAGAUUGAACCUUUGCCAGUUGAAGUCACAAGAAAGGAGGUGAGAAAACAAGAGCCAAGCAAAGAGAGCCCUGACUUGAAAAAAAAUCCCGAAGGAUCAGGAUUGGUGCACGCGGCUUCCGUUCCUUCAGCAAAGCCCACUGAGGCCAAGGAGGAGCCCAGUUCUAAGUUGAAGGUUGCAACGGCAGAAGUGAAGAAUGAACCUUCGGAGAAGAUGGAAUGUGAAGCUCCGUCAAAGCCAUCAAAGACUGUAACUUCGGAGGGCAAGUUGGCAGCAUUGACUACCAAACCAGUUGACUUCAGUCCGUCUGAAGUAAAAGCUGAACAAGUCUCUGCUUCGUCGUCCAGCCUCGGAAAGGAAGAAAAGGUUCCAGAUAAGGCUGAUGCUGAAUUGCUGGGAAGUGCAUCGACCUCCACAGCAAGGGACAAAGAUCAAGAAUUAGCGGACCCUGCUGGUGAGCUCUCAGAAGAGUUGAAGGGCACAGCCAAAACAGGAGGGAUAGGCGCGGAUCCUGCCAAGACAGAGCAAGGAGCAGAGACAGCUCCUGCCAUCUGUGAGACAGUACUCCCGGGCUCUGCAGAAGCUCCAGUGGAGGAACUGUCAGGGGAAGACCUCCAAUCAAACACCAAGCUGGUACCUCCAGGAACAGAUCAUACCGACACAUCGAGAAACCUCCCUGAAAGGUCUGCCUCUGAGGUGGGGGCGGGGGCAGAGAAGGAGCCUGAGACUCCCUCGUCUGCAGUGGAAGGCAGCAUGGAGGUGGAACCUGAGACGACUGUGCUUGAGACUACGGAACCUGCCAAGGGGAAGCCGGAACUACAGACGGGCAAGGUGGAGGCAGCCUCAGAGAAGCAGCCUGAAGUGUUGAUAUCAACGGACAGGUCAACCCAGGAGGAGAAGCUUGGAAAGAAGGCAGAUAACAGAAGUCGUGAGCAAAGUUUGCCCAAGUCACAGCCGAGAAAGGAAACGGGACAAGACCGGCCCGCGGAAUCUAGUAAAGCUGAAGUGUUUGCUACGGAAUUGGCACCCAGUGCAGAAGCUACCUCCGUCAGUAAAACCAUCUUAAAGGCUUUGAUGUCUGUUCCAAAUAUAUCAAAGAAAAGAACUGUGACACGAAGGAAGGAGGAGCAGAAGCCCUCCGUAAGGCCAGGAACCAGGAGCAGCACAGUUGCCGAGAAGAAACCCGUGCCAAAAGAAGCGAGUCACCAGAGACCGACGAACAGCAGGUCAAACCUGCCAGAUAGCAAAUCUAAACUGAGGCUGAGUUCUCUUGUUGUUAAGGUAGGCAGUGGGAAGAGCUCAUCACAGCAAGACAAGGACUCCCAAGUGGAAACUAAGGGUAGCUCAAAGCAGACCCAAGAGCAAGAGGCUAGAUCAUCCGCCACGAAGCGUGAGAGCAGCAAAGAAAAGGUUUUUGCUGGGAGAAAUACUAGAAGUUCUAACAAUGGCACAAGCCCAAAAGAGGAAGAAGAGCUUUUCCCAUUUAACUUGGAUGAGUUUGUUACUGUGGAUGAAGUUACAGAUGAAGUGGACACUCCCUCCCAGCCUAAAAGGAACCCUCUGAGGGGUAAGAGGAAGGAAGCUGCCCAUGAGCCCAGCUCCAAGAGAAGGAAGGGCAAGAGCUCUGUUGCUCACGGAGCUGCUGAGCAGGAGCUGUCCUUUGUUACGUUGGAUGAGAUUGGAGAGGACGAAGGGGGGAUGGCCCAAGUUCCAGAACAUCUAGAAGCCAUGCCAGAUCCCCUGGAAGCUGUGCCAGAAACCCUGGAAGCUGUGCCAGAUCCCCUGGAAGCUGUGCCAGAUCCCCUGGAAGCUGUGCCAGAUCCCCUGGAAGCCGUGCCAGAUCCCCUGGAAGCCGUGCCAGAUCCCCUGGAAGCCAUGCCCGAUCCCCAGUUGUUGGUCACCGUUGACGAAGUGAACGAUGAGGAAGAACUCAUCUCUGAAGUGGCCCAGGAUCCACAGGCACUUGUUACUUUGGAUGAGAUCUCUGAGCAAGAAGACCCUGCUGCUCAGGAGACCAUGAAAGAAGCGGAUGGAGAGCCAGACCUUAAAGCAGAGCCCUUAGUAACGGUGGAUGAAAUUGGAGAAGUGGAAGAUUUACCUCUGAAUGAGCCUUCGCAUUUUGAGACUGAGACCUUGGAUGACAGGCAAGGAGAAAAGCAAGUGCUUGAGGACCCUGGCGAUUUCCUUUCCUCCCAGGUGCCGGAAGACCCUGGCGAUUUCCUUUCCUCCCAGGUGCCGGAAGACCCUGGUGAUUUCCUUUCCUCCCAGGUGCCGGAAGACCCUGGCGAUUUCCUUUCCUCCCAGGUGCCGGAAGACCCUGGCGAUUUCCUUUCCUCCCAGGUGCCGGAAGACCCUGGCGAUUUCCUUUCCUCCCAGGUGCCGGAAGACCCUGGUGAUUUCCUUUCCUCCCAGGUGCCGGAAGACCCUGGUGAUUUCCUUUCCUCCCAGGUGCCGGAAGACCCUGGUGAUUUCCUUUCCUCCCAGGUGCCGGAAGACCCUGGCGAUUUCCUUUCCUCCCAGGUGCCGGAAGACCCUGGCGAUUUCCUUUCCUCCCAGGUGCCGGAAGACCCUGGUGAUUUCCUUUCCUCCCAGGUGCCGGAAGACCCUGGUGAUUUCCUUUCCUCCCAGGUGCCGGAAGACCCUGGUGAUUUCCUUUCCUCCCAGGUGCCGGAAGACCCUGGCGAUUUCCUUUCCUCCCAGGUGCCGGAAGACCCUGGCGAUUUCCUUUCCUCCCAGGUGCCGGAAGACCCUGGUGAUUUCCUUUCCUCCCAGGUGCCGGAAGACCCUGGUGAUUUCCUUUCCUCCCAGGUGCCGGAAGACCCUGGUGAUUUCCUUUCCUCCCAGGUGCCGGAAGACCCUGGCGAUUUCCUUUCCUCCCAGGUGCCGGAAGACCCUGGCGAUUUCCUUUCCUCCCAGGUGCCGGAAGACCCUGGUGAUUUCCUUUCCUCCCAGGUGCCGGAAGACCCUGGUGAUUUCCUUUCCUCCCAGGUGCCGGAAGACCCUGGUGAUUUCCUUUCCUCCCAGGUGCCGGAAGACCCUGGCGAUUUCCUUUCCUCCCAGGUGCCGGAAGACCCUGGCGAUUUCCUUUCCUCCCAGGUGCCGGAAGAAAGGAUGUGGGCAGAAUGGGGGGGGUGCAGAGGAGAGCGACGAGUAUGA